UAUCUGUGUACGCCACACGAAGAAGCCAAUGUUGUAUUUACUUAUGUGUUUAUAUCGCGGUUUUUGUACAUUUCUGCAAACUUCAGCCUUCAGCUUCUGAGAACGAGACGAUCUCUUUUUUUCAACGAAUGUUUGUGACCUCCUGUCAUAAAGCUGUCCAACCUCGACGAGUGAGUAUUUGAAACGCGAGGAAAAGAGACAGAGAAUGUCUUGUUUAAAUAGAAAGGACCGGAAGCGAGCCAGCAUGCCGGAGCCUGUGAAUCACCAGGUGAACGCCGCUCGUAAGACGUUCCAGACUCUCUACCAGAUCUCUAAGCUGCUGAACACGAAUCUUGAUCCAACCACUUUGAGUAUCUGUAUCAGGCUGUGUGAGAACGGAGUGAAUCCACAUGCCCUCGCGACAGUGGUGAAGGAACUUCAACGAGAAGUCAAGGCGAUGAACGAUGGACAACUGGAAUCUUCCACCAGCAAGACUAGCACAACCAAGUGAACGCAAACAAGUAUGACGCUAUUGUUACCCUCCCACAAUGUAUACAGAAUUUAUCUUGCGUUGUU